AUGAGCGAACAGAAUACUCAACAAGCGGAACAGAAUAACAACAACAGAGGGCAGCAAAAGAAGAAGUUUGAAGCUCCAAAGAGAGAGGCCAUUGUAGAUCUAGGUAAAUAUAAAGACAGCAAGGUUUCAGUCAAACUGAUGGGUGGUAGAAUAGUGACAGGCAUUCUAAAGGGUUACGAUCAGUUGAUGAAUCUCGUGCUUGAAGAAACAGAAGAGACAUUGAAACCAGAAGUCGAAACAGGUGCUACCCAGCAAGUUACAAGGCAAUUGGGUCUAACUGUCAUAAGAGGAACUAUUUUAAUAUCCUUGAGCCCACUGGAUGGCUCUGAGGUGCUUUACAUUCAAACUAACUAA